AUGGAUGUGACAGGAACCGAUCCGCGCACCAGGGCGGGUCUCUUCCUUUGGCCCUGGGCGGCCACAGGCUACUCUAACAUGUCGACUAAUGUGGCAAACGGUGUAGCCUCCACGACCGCUCAGUCCGUACCCAACGCUCCUGCCGCCUCGCUGGGUCUGCCCCAUGUUCCCCAGAUGACUGCUCCUGGAAUGUUCGGUGCUGCCGCCGGACCUGGCAAUUCCCAACCGACGGACGAUGCCUUCGAGUCAUUCUACUCGCGUCUCUCCUACUCCACUGGUGUCCACAGCUCCCAUAUGUCCUCCCUCCAACAGCAGAUGCAGCAGCGCGAGCAGCGCACCUGCGAAGCACCAAAUUCGGAUAUGCAGGGUACUCGGGUCUCGAUGAUCCAGGGUCAACAGUCUCUCCAGCAACAGCACCGUCAGCAGCAGCAACAAACGUCCGGAUCACUCAGUGGACUGCAUCGGGGAGAGCAGCAACAACAGCAAGGUCCGUUUGCUGAUCAGAGGUUGAUGAACGGCAUGAUGCAUCGACCAAGUCAACAGCAAGCAGCAGCCGCAAUAGCAGCCAUCGCAUCUGCCGCAGCGUCUCGAAACAGCGCCGCUGCCGCAGCUGUUGCAGCAUCGGCACCAACCGCUAACUCAGCCAGUUCGUCGCCCUUAAAUAGCGGCGCGUUUCACAACCCUCCUCUGUCCCCUCAAGGCCCCCCAAUAUCUCUGCAUCAACAGCAACAUUCCCAUCUGGGGCAUCCCCUGCAACAACAGCAGCAGCAGCAGCAACAGCGUCCCUAUUCCAGCACCGGAAGCCUUCACAACGUUUCCACAACCGUGCCUUCCUCACCACUGGACGGUCGUAUGUCCUCCAGCGCCUCACCAUCCGUGAGUUCAGCGUCCGCAGCCGGUAAUUACUGUCUCAAACGACAUCCACCCAAUGACUUCAACAGCGCGACUGCGAUGGCACUUGCAGUUGCAGUCGCUGCCGGAGAUCGCCAUGCCCAAAUGCAGCAACAGCAGCAGGAGCUGGGCGGAGGAGUUGUGGGUAGUCGGUCGCCGCCGGACCAGUUGCAUCAUGCCCUCGGUGGACACAUUGCCUCGACUGCGGACGUCUUCUCAGCAGCGACAGGACCUGGUCAGACGCCCGCCCAAUACUUAUUUCCACCCUCCAGUCCCAUGAAGUCCUUUUAUCGAAGACCCUCGGAGGCAGCGGCUAUGGCUGCAGCGAUGGCCGCGCAAGCUGCCCGCGACGCCUCUGGUGGCAUGAAUGUCCACGGUGGCGGCGGUGGUGUCGGCGGCGGCGGCGGCGGAGACCGGUCCAUGUCAAUGGCCGCCCACCAGCGACUACUGGGUGGCCACGGGGGCUUCCUACUCAGUAACAUGGGCGCUGCAGCAGCUGCUGCGGCCGCGGUGUCCUCCUCAGCACACAGUCCGCUAGACAGGGUACCCGACUUUCUGUCGGACAUGCGGCUUGGCCAGGAGACGCCGGUAUCGGGAUCGGGCGGACCGUUGCAGCAGGGCGGACCAGGCAGCAAUCAGUCGAUUGGACAGUCGCACAGCGGCGGCCUGGGCGGAUUGGGCUCGGAAACAGCUUUGGACACCCUACCUAGCCUCUACGGCCACGCGGCCAAAGGAUACAAAUGCAAGAUCUGCCAGCAUGUGAGUAGUAGUGGUACAAAAAUUAUUCCAUUUAACCGUAAAUGUAUUGACCUCCGUUCUGAAAGCUAGGUGAGCGAAGACACUCUUAUGGGAGGUCAUUUAUAUCGAGUUUUCGCAGUUUAUAACUCCGAAAGGUGUCAGUUAGGCAAGUGUCGAGUUAGGAGGGUACAUUGCCUCGAUAUUUGUUGCUGUAAUUUUUUAUGCAGCAUAUGGCGCCGAUAAAGUGAUGCCUUCUGACAGAAGAAGGGAACAAAACGACAAUGAGAAGUCGUGGGAGGGAAUGAGGGUUGCUGGUGCCCUGCGAAAUCUUCCUUGGUCUCCGACCAACCUAAAAUCAUCUGAAAAGAGACUUGUUAACAAGUAUGUUCCCUUGUUUAUUAGAGCAGUACUGCUGUAUGAAGGCGCAGGCCUCGAUAGACUGUGAAGUACUAUACAAUCAGUCCUUGGAGUCUGAUGCGAUGCGAAGAGGGUUUUGUACUUUCUUAUGGAUGUUGGUGAGCCUUCUGGACCUCCUAAGAGAGAAGGCUUGCCGGAACUGACCUAGGAAAUCGUCUUUAAACUCGGCACCCGUUUUCGUUUUUGCGAGAUUAACUGGAACUUAGCGCAAGACGCCGGAAUCGGAGGGAAGGUUCGUAUUCCAGUAUUUUGCCGGUAUAUCUUACAAAUUGUGUUGACGCCGCUUACCGUCCUGAUCUUAGCCUACGUUCGAACACUUCGUGAAUUGCUGGUGUUUACUGUAAUAUUUUGUUUUCAAACGGGUGGAAUUAGGCUUACUUAAUGCUCUCUUACCCUGAUUCCGGUGAGAUGAUGAUGAAAUUAACUACUUAAGCAGCCUGCCUCGUGUCGAGAGUUUGUUCGUUUGUUUGUUUCCGAAUAGUAAACCGUGUGUUGUCAAAGCAUGCAGCUCACGUUUUUUUAUUGGGUUUGUCACUUUUAGUCUCUUUUUUAAUCUCUGCCACCUUGAUUAGGGUUCCCUGAUUCGAAGCGACUAACGGAUCGGUGUGUGCGUCCAUUCUUGCCCGAUGGAAUUUGAGACAUGAGUAAGAUUGGUUUCAUGAAACCAUUUAGUCGUCGCCUAGACUCCACAUAUUAUGGACUAUCUGUCUAGCAUGAGCUGACGCGCUUAGGUUUCUGUUUGCAGAUGGUGGAAAGAGUCUGAAACAACACCUGUCUUAGCCUUCCUUCCUCACUGUCAAUAGCCCGCUAUUGUUAUCAUCUCAGUCGAUCUGCGACUCGUUAGCUAGCCGUUGUCAGAAGUGGGUAUCGUUGGCUGACGACGGUUAGUAGACCAGAGACGGACGUACUAGUAUCCCCUGUCUUUGUUUAAAAUCUCCUUCUAUGUUGGAAGGUGUGUCGACAAAAACAAUGCAUAUUGGGAAGUCCGCUUCUGACUUGUUAACCGAUGUAACCCAGUUCACACUGGCGGCCCACUUCACCCACGGAUUUGGGCACAAUUUUUGGUCAGAUAAAGAAAAGGCGCAUAUGCAUACUUGGACAAGUGUCAAAUGUUUUUGCCACCCUGGCUCCUCAGUUGCCCUGACCUCAGAUUAACUUGACUGAGCUGAGUUGUCGUUGACUUGCUUGAUGAAGCGGCCGGGUGGUCAGUCGUCCCAGCCGGCGACACGUUAGCGAUCAUCUUCUGAGAAACCCUGUUAUCAGUGCUCUUUUGGUUCCUUUCAUUCUUCUCCCAUUCACCGGGUUUUGCUGCUUAAAAUCCUAGCAAAAUAGUACGUUCAUGUGUGUUUGUGUUGCGUUACCUGCACAAGUGCUCACAACACUAUUACUCAUUGCUUACCCUCGUAACUACUGUCCCCCCCCCGACAAGGCUUGGUUCACAGUAAAGACCAGAUAGGGGGCGGAAAUGGGAACCGUCAUCCCGUAAUGACUGCAUUCCCAGGUGCCCUUAAGGGGUUCUGGGCAGGACGCGUACUUACUCAGACUUGUCUUCAAGCUGGUUUGCUUGCCUCCUCCUCCUCCUCCUCCUCCUCCUCCUCCUCCUCCUCCUUCUCCUCAUCCUCUUCUUCGAUCCCCUCUCCCUCCACUGCCCCUUCUGAUUCCCCCCGCCUAUAUCCCUCCACUUUUCCCUCCUGA